UCGACUGCCCACGAGAUAGGAAGAGUCAUUAUGAAUCCUUCUUGGGUGUUUCUGAGUGUUUUGGUGUUCUGGAUGGUCUUCUUGGGAAUAAUCCAAGCUGGGUCCAUAGAUGAAACCAGACCGCAUAUAAAGGAUCUUCAUCGCCAGUCACAUCAUUCCCAUGGAAGUGUUAAACACCAUCAGAAGCACCAUAAAGGGCUUAAAACUAGAGCCUCGAACUCCUCCACUUGUAUAAGCGUGUUUGAGCUGGAGCUGAUUUCAAUUACCAGAUGGUUGAACAACACCAACGAGCUGAAAGUGAUCUUCUCACUUAUUCCUCCAUCUGUCAAGCAGUUGAUUCUUCAACAGACCGGCAGUGGAGGUUCCAAUAGCUCUAACCCAGAGAGUCCGGAUAACUCCACGUUGAAUAAUCCGAAUUUGCCUGCAUUGAACGGUUCAGCUGCUUUGGACUUGAACUCAUUCUACGAGGUCUCUGUAGAUUGGCCCAUUUUGACUUACUUUGCCCGCUUGGCUGGAUAUUUCUUAUCCAGAGCUCAUGGGCUUCCAGAAUUAUUCAGCAACUUGCCAAUGCUUCGGGAUGUAUGGAGGGUUUUUCUUCGUGGGCUGUUGAGAGGAGCUGAACGAACAGACGUUUUGCUGGGGAAUCUUCGCGAUCUGUUUGGGUUUACGAACGGAACUAUUAGCAGCAAUUUGUUCAACGUCACCCACUGGGAGCAAGUGUUGUCUCCAUCUGGUAUUGCACAUGUUGUAGAAGGAGGUAUUGAGACUUUGGCUAAUAUCCCGAGUAUUUUAGGGUAACAUUCAACCACAACAGUUUAGAAAAUUACAUAUUUUUAUGGCUAAAUAAAUCGAAUCAAUUCAUUUAAAAAUGCCUCACACAGCAGAUUCCUAUCGAGAAAGACCGCUAAUUAACUAACCGAAAAAAACAAGAUUUAGUCAUUAAUGGGCAUGGCGUUUUUCCAUUUUCCCCCCAUUACGUAAAAGCCGACAUUACAUCCAACGCAAAUCGGAUUUUCCAGUCCAAAUUACUGUAAUUAUUAUAUUGCUUUGUUUUCACGAUUUAAUUUCGUACGCAUUUAAGAUGUAAAAUUAUUAUUGCCUAAUUAAACCAUCACACCAGU